AGUCCGAAAUUCCCUGGUUGUAGUCUUGCCGACCACCAACAAAUACUCUGAUCACUGCUGGGCCGGUUUGGUCGAUGAUGAUGAAUCCGUGAGCGAAUGUAAACAAAAUUGGUCAUCUCGAAAUAUUUAAUGCAUUUAUUUAGCUUACUCUAGUCGUGCUUGAUCGUGCAAAUUCACUAACGACACGUCGCUUUGAUUUGAUAGUUUGGCUAGCUGAGGAUCAGCUGGCUUUUGCGUCGUUAGUCAUCCAGAUACAUGAUGGCCACUAGUGCCAAAAGGCCAUCACUAGGGGCGGUAGCUCCACGUAAGAAAACUAGCCCCAAACCUGAACUUACCGAGGAACAGCGGCAGGAGAUCAGAGAGGCCUUUGAGCUCUUUGAUACAGAAGGCUCUGGCCAUAUAGAUGUAAAGGAACUGAAGGUGGCCAUGAGAGCCCUAGGGUUUGAGCCCAAGAAGGAGGAGAUCAAGAAGAUGAUCACAGAAGUGGAUAAGGAAGGCACCGGAAAAAUCUCUUUCAAUGAUUUUCUCUCCGUUAUGACUCAGAAAAUGGCUGAGAAGGAUUCUAAGGAGGAAAUCCUUAAAGCUUUCCGACUGUUUGAUGAUGACGAGACGGGUAAAAUAUCAUUUCGCAACCUCAAGAGAGUGGCCAAAGAACUGGGAGAGAACCUCACAGAUGAGGAACUGCAGGAGAUGAUUGAUGAAGCAGACAGAGAUGGAGAUGGGGAGGUGAACCAGCAAGAAUUCUUUCGCAUCAUGAAGAAAACCAGCUUGUACUAAUAGGCUGAAUCAGUAUCUUCAGUGGCUGGGGCAGGGGGUAUAUAGUAUCACUAGUUCCCCGUACUCACUACACCUGUCCCAUGCACUGAGGCCGUUUACAAAUGAUAUCAUUCCAAAUAAUGAAAACAGACAUUCCCAUUCAAAACUCAUCAGUUAUUUAUGGCUUCAUCACAUUUCAUCACAUUUACUGUUUACCAAAUGCUGUCAAUGUCAUGGGAAGCUCUGCUUGAAAUACAUUGUGGUUCAAUAUAUACACCUAUUCAUUUGAUAACAUUGCGCCAACAAUAUGUGCCAUGACCUGGGGGGGAUUCCCAGUAUGUGGUUUAGUGACAUACCUGGGAAAGUUACUGUAACUCAGAGUAAGUACUAAACCUCCCAAAAGAAGAGCCCAGUGGCUUUGUUUUGCUAGGAGAACAAAGCCAUAUGGCUCGUCUAUUAGGAGGUUUACCACUUACUUUUAAGUUGACAUUUCCAGGUGUAUCACUGAACCACAUUGGAACACUCCUCAGUUUUACUCGAUGGUUAAUGUUUAAAAAGAAAAGCACAGCUGUGUCAUUGCCAUCAGACAUUGUACCCAGAAAGAAAUUUAGGUCAAGCACCAAAAUCCUACAGUGCCUACAUCUGCUUUGAAACAAAAGAAAGCCUACCUGUUGAUCCUAAACACAACCAUAGAUCUCUCAUACCAUUCCUGAUGUUUCCAAACAUAUUUAAGUAUCAUAAUAAAAUUACAGAAGAUAGUUAUAUUAUAUUAGAUAUAGAACUUUUUUCUCUUACUGAAUUUUGAUCGCUUGAAACUGCAAUUUUGCUUGCCAUUGUGUGUUCAGGGAGUAAGCUCUGUAUUUUUAAGGCUGAUCUUGUCUUUGUGCCUGAGUCCUGACAGAGGGUGUCUGUAAGCUUCAGGGAGGCCCCCAUAUCUCCUGCCCCUGCCUCUAAAUACUGUAAUCUAUAACCUGGCGUGAACUUGUGUCUGUAUUUUCUGAUUUGUACUGGAUAUUAUUCUGCCCUCUUUGUAUUUGUACACCUUUGCCCUUGAGUACUGAAUGUUUUGUAUUUGACUGCAUAUGCAGUUAGAAUUAUUUCAGGUAUAAAUAUAGUUGUCACUUGAGCAGUUA